AUGAAAGGCCGACUUGUGUCUGCAAAUCCAGCUGAAGGAGAGCGGUUCUACCUACGCCUACUUUUGUCUCAUAUUACUGGGUCUACUUGCUUUGAAGAUCUAUACAGUUUUAACGGCUUCCUGCACCCUACAUUUCGCAAAGCAUCUCUUGAGAGAGGGUUAAUAGAGAACGAUGACAACUUAUCCCAAUGUCUUGGAGAGGCCUCCUUAUUUCAAUUUCUGGCUGCUCUUAGGAGGUUAUUUGCCACGAUGUUGAUUUAUUGUGAGCAAGGAGAUUCUAUGGGUAAGAGUCUUGAUGAUUUCGAUCUUCCAAUGGUUGAUGCAAAUUCAAAUUUUCAAUCUGGAGAAUUUCAUGAGGUACAAGAGGAAUGCUCUAUAGUUGUGGAAGAUGAACACUUGCGUGCCCGAGACUCUCUGAAUUCUAACCAGAAAUAUGCAUAUGAUGAGAUCAUGAGGCACGUAGACGAGGAUUGUCCAGGAGUGUUCUUUAUAGAUGGUCCGGGUGGAACCGGGAAGACUUUUUUGUACAAAGAUUUGCUUGCCAACAUCCGUUCACGUGGUCUUAUUGCUCUCGCAACCGCUUCGUCGGGUGUUGCUGCCAAUAAUAUGCCCGAAGGGAGAACAGCUCACUCUAGAUUCAAAAUUCCUCUGAACCUUGAUAAUAACUCGAUGUGCAACAUAAGAAAACAGAGUGGGGCUGCUAAAUUGAUUCGAGAUGAAAAAAUAAUCAUCCGGAACGAAGCGUCGAUGGCAAAGAGGCAGGCGGUGGAGGCGCUCGAUCGAACAAUACGAGACAUCAUAGGGGUGGCACUCCCAUUCGGCGGAAAGAUAAUGGUUUUGGGGGAUGAUUUUAGACAAGUAUUACUGGUCGUGAGGUGUGGAACCCGAGCACAGAUUGUAGAUUCUAGCUUGAGGAUGUCACCUCUUUGGGCAACGAUUAAAAAGAUACGGUUAAUGCUCAAUAUGAGAGCACGCACUGAUCCAUGGUUUUCAGAAUUUUUACUAAGAGUCGGUAAUGGAGAUGAAGAAGCGGUGGACGAAAGCUUUAUUUGCAUUCCGGAUGACAUGACCAUUCCCUAUGCUGAUAAAGGUAAGUCAAAAGAUGCGCUGAUUGACGCGAUCUUUCUAUCUCUGCAAAUCAACGGGGCUAAUUCAGAUUAUAUCAUUUCAAGGGCGAUAUUGUCAACUAAAAACGAGAAUGUCGACGAGAUUAAUGAUCAGUUGAUCGACAAGUUUUCUAGAGAUGAAAAAAUAUACUACAGCUUCGACGAAGCAGAAGAUGAUAAGAACAACAUCUAUCCGAUGGAGUUCUUAAAUUCUUUAACUGUUAGUGGUUUGCCUCCUCAUUACCUUCGUCUCAAGAUCGGAUGCCCAAUAAUACUGUUACGAAAUAUCGAUCCCUCGAAUGGAUUGUGUAAUGGCAGUAGAUUGAUAUGCAGAGGCUUUCAACAGAACGUCAUCGAUGCAGAAAUAGUUGUUGGUCAACAUGCUGGAAAGAGAGUAUUUCUUCCGAGAAUUUCCUUAUGUCCAUCUGAAUACAACAUGUUCCCGUUUAAGAUGAAGAGAAAACUGUUUCCAAUUCGGCUUAGCUUUUCUAUGACAAUCAAUAAAGCUCAAGGCCAAACAAUUCCGAAUGAAAUAUUUACGGAUGAGUGCAUCACGAAAAGCAAACAACAGUUCGAAUAUACGGAUGAACAUUAUUUUACGAACGAUUGGUCUUGA